UCCGGUCCGGGGCGCUGUUGGGCUGGAUGUUACGGUUGGAGACUCAUCUUUGGAGGCAUAUUCUUCUCUCUUUCAUUACUUUCUCCCCUGAUCUGCAGUGUUUGUUAAGCGUCUGCCCGACUGGACCUGUUUCAUCAUGGCCGUCUGAAUUUGGAUCCAAAUCCCAGUCUGAUCCCGUUUUCUCAAUCAUUUCUCCCGAUCGCAGUGGGAAUCAUUUCUUUGGGAUAUUACUUCAUUUGUGCCAAUGUUCAAACAUGCAGCCUCCGCCAAGAAAGGUAAAAGUGACACAGGAACUGAAGAACACUCAUACGGAGCAGCUCGGCCGCCUGCAUCUCAAACACCAGACGGAAUGUGAUUUAUUAGAAGAUAUGAGAACUUACAGCCAGAAAAAGGCCACACUGGAGAGAGAUUACGCACAGGCCCUGCAGAAGUUGGCGAAUCAGUAUUUAAAGAGGGACUGGCCUGGGAUCAAACCAGAUGACCAGAGGACAGACUACCGGAAUGUGUAUGGAGUGUGGCGGGCUUAUCUUGAAGGCACCGUGCAGGUGACCCAGUCUCGACUCAACGUCUGCGAGAACUACAAGAGCGACAUUUCGGACCCUGCCAAAACCUUACGCCUCUACAAAGAACAGCAGCUGAAAAAGUGCAUUGACCAGCUGGGUCGGAUCCAGGCAGAGCUCCAGGAUUCAGUAAAGGAUCUGGCCAAGUCCAAAAAGAAAUACUUUGAGCUGGAGCAGAUGGCCCAGGCUGUGCGGGAAAAGGCCGACAUUGAGUCCAAGUCGAAGCUGGGUCUGUUCCAGUCCAGGAUAAGUUUACAGAAGGCCAGUGUGAAGUUGAAAGCGAAGAGGAGCGAUUGUAACUCCAAAGCGACCCACGCAAGGAACGAAUAUCUUCUCACAUUGGCAGCCGCUAACGCACAUCACGACCGAUAUUACCAGACCGACCUGGCCAGCUGCAUCAAGGGUCUGGAGGGGAACGUAUACGAUCAUGUGAAGGAUUAUCUGAUAUCCUUUUGUCGGACCGAGCUGGAAGCGUUUCAAGCUGUCCACAGCACCUUCCAGUUCCUGCUGGAGAAGUCCAGUCGAGUGAUGCAGGACUUCAACCAGCAGCUGUUCCUGCAGGAGAACCCAGUGUUUCACAAAGCCCAAGACUUCCCGUUCCAGCCCAGCGACAGCGAUACGACACUGAGCUCUGUGCAGCAGUUGGUGGACAUUGAGCCAUCGACGGUCAGUGUGAUGAGAAUGACUCUGGCGCAGAGUCGACAGCUGGAAUCGGAGACGGGAACCACAGAAGAACACAGUCUGAACAAAGAGGCGAGGAAAUGGGCCACACGUGUGGCCCGCGAACACAAAAACAUCAUCCAUUACAAACGGACUCUAGAGGAAUGCGAGACGCUCGGGACUCCGCCCACGGAACAGAGCCGGAAUGAGCUGGAAUUCCGAAUAGAGGAGAUCAAGGAGAACAUCCGCAAAGCAGAGACACUAAAGCUGAAAGCAGAAGCGCGUCUGGACCUCCUGCGGCAGGUGGGUGUUUCUGUGGACACAUGGCUGAAGAGCGCCAUGAACCAGGUGAUGGAGGAGCUGGAGAACGAGCGCUGGGCGACGCUGCCCACCCUCAUCACCCACGACCUCUCUCUCUCAACCACGGUGGACAGAGAGGAAGGAGAAGAAUUAGAAGAGAACAUGGAGACGUAUGACGACAGCAGCUCGAGUCCAUCAGGAACCCUGAGGAACUACCCGCUCACCUGCAAGGUGCUCUACUCAUACAAGGCCUCUCAGCCUGAUGAACUAACGAUCGAUGAGCAUCAGAUGUUGGAGGUUAUAGAAGAUGGAGACAUGGAGGACUGGGUGAAGGCACGGAAUAAGACCGGUCAGGUGGGCUACGUCCCAGAGAAGUACCUGCAGUUCCCCACGUCCAACAGCAUCCUGAGCAUGCUCCAAUCCCUCGCUGCUCUGGACGCACGCUCACACUCCUCCAGCAACUCCACGGAGCCUGAGCUGGCAUCAGGCAGCUUCAACGGAGACAGCAGCAUGAGUUUUGUUAAGGCCAUGUACGACUACGAGGGUCAGACGGAUGACGAGCUGUCAUUCCCCGAGGGAGCCAUCAUCCGCAUCCUCAACAAGGACAACCAGGAGGACGACGGCUUCUGGGAGGGCGAGUUUAACGGUCGAGUGGGCGUCUUCCCGUCUGUGCUGGUGGAGGACCUGACUGCCUCAGAGAACGGAGACGCUCACUGGGGAACAGAUACACAGGUGUCCCCGUGCCAAAGGCUUCAUUCAUCACUUCCUCCUCUUCCGCUGUAUGAUCAGCCGCCCUGCAGUCUGUACACGAGCCCGGAGACCAGCAGCGCUCCCUCGCUGCCCCGCUCGCCGUCUGUCAACGGAGAACACAAACUGCCCGUCCCGCAGAAAAUCAGCGCUCACAAUCACAAUUCCAGCUUGAGUCCAGAGAGCCCAGGCUUCUCCCAGCCGCUGAGACUCGCUCCGGACGGAUCCGGCCCCGGAAAACUCAGACCUGUUCGGGCUGCACCUCCUCCUCCAAAGCAGCACACCCGCAAACAGGUGGAGAAAACCGAAGAGGUGGAGAUCACGCUGGUGUAGAGCGCCGCCCUAGUGGACUGAGAACACACCCCAUCUGACCUCUAACUCCUCCCACUCCUCGCAGAAGGGGCGGGGCAUGCAUUAACCUGCCCUAUGAGCAUCCUCAGAUCCCUGAGGGGACAGAGAACAGCAUCUCAAAGGCAUCUCUUUUUCAUAAAAUACAAACACCUCUUCUGGCGUCACAGACUGUUUGGUGCCUUAAACCGCUUUCAUGCCAAACUCUAAUCCUUGUAUUCGUAAUGACUUUAUCGUGUAACAGGAACUUGUUUAAAACUUUCUUAAUCCACUCAGUUCAGUUUUGCGAAAUCAUGGUUGAUGUGUAAGUGUGCAUCUGAAAACACAGAAAGGAAUCGAAUACAAUGGUUUAGCAAGAGUUUAAAGAGGCUACACUUGCACAUCCAUCUCUUCAGUAGCUUUUGAAGAGCCAAACAUGCAAUACUAGGAAUUCUGGGAUGUGAAAAAGAGGUCAGCCACAAAUACUCCGACCAUUUACGUAUUUCAUAUGUAAUAGCACAGUACAUUACUGUCCUCAUAGGAAUGUUAUAUUCACGUUAACCAUUACAGAUCAUAACGGAGAAAGGGAACUGUAUAUAAAAGGCUAGAGCGGUAGAGGAGAACGAGGGUUAUUAAAAAGAGAGGAAGGCUGGUUACUUCGCUCUUUUUUUUCAUCAAUUUAGCGUUUUUCUGUCUUGUGUUGAUCUGAAAAAAAAAGUACUAACUACAUAGCUAUAUCCUUUUCCUCAACGUUUCAUUACGAAGACCAGUGUUUGUAUGUAUUACUAAUAUUUAGUCCUCAGAAAGGUGUGUGAGAGCGAUCUAAAGAUGUGUCUGCGUCUGUUUGGGCAGAGCGUAAUCAUGGAAAUAUGCUGAUCAGUAUACAAGUAUCAGUUAAAGUGCUUUUAAUGCAUUUCUCAUCGUCAUGUGAUGGGAAAGAUUCCCUCCAACAAGCACAGAAAAGGUGGAUCAUCAUGGGGAUUUUUCAUUUUAAUUAUUGCCAAUGAAUGCAAACCUAUUAUUGUGUCCUAAGUGCAUUUCCUCCCUACGAGGGGCAGCUACGUGUUUGUCUUUUUUGCAGUCGAAGACUUUAAUAAGCAAGGCCUGUUAUUUAGAUUUAUCAUUUUCAUUCAUUUCCACAGUAUUUUAAUGCAUAUCUUGAUCUUUUUCCUUGAUCAGUUUUUUUAAUGUCCGUGUAUCCCAGCUGCCUCUUUUGGAUGAUGAAGCUGCCCAGCGUCGUGUUAUUGAUCUCGUUAGAGAGUGACUGAUUGUAGUUUUCCCGUAACGUUUGAAAGAGAACAGAGUUAUUAUGUUGAUUCCAUAAUAUAGAUAGUGGAAAGAAUAAAAAAAAAUCCAUUUUGUGAAAUGGUACCAUAGUUCUGUUAAGCAGGAACAGGGUCAUCACCAAAAGAACGUGUGCGAGACGUGGGAGGAAAAAAACCCGACUUUUUUUAAUCCGAGCGGAAGAUGUUUUGAGAAUCUUCCUUUGUUUCUAUAUUCCUCUGUCACAACCUAUUUUCUUGUUGAUCUCGUUGAGAUCUUUUGAAUGUUAUCAAACUUGUUUUGAAGUUUAUGGUUAGAGGUUAAAGCCCGUUGUGUCAAAAACUGUUCUCGCCUACGAAACGAACGCAUAUUUUGAUAUUUUCAUUUGCAUUUUUUUAAAAUUGCGCUCCCAGUUUUCUCGGACAGUUUCAACUCUUUGGAGCUUCUUCAAUAGCAUUAGCUGCAUAUUCUAGUUGUUUUUAUUUCUAAAGUGAUUUUAUCUGCAUUUAUUAAAAUUUGAAGAUGAUUCCGAGCUGCUAGACAAAAAAUAAAAUAAAAAUAAAAAUAACUGAAAAACAAUUGACUGUUGCUGCAGUGACAAUAUCAGAGAACAGGUGAAAAAUAUUCUUUCUGCAUAUUAUUAGCUGUAAAAUUAUUUGUAUUUAUUGUGUACAAAUGUUAAAUAAAAAUUUGGGGAAAGUG